AUGGAAGAGAUGAUGAAGCUAGAACAAAACCUUGCCGCCGAGUUCAAGAUGAAGAAUUUUGGAUAUGUGAAAUAUUUUCUUAGCAUGGAAGUUGCUCGAUCAUCUAGAGGUAUUUUCUUGUCUCAACGUAAAUAUGUUCUGGAUUUAUUAAAGGAAACAUGCAUGCUGGGAUGUAAGCUUGUGGACACUCCUAUCGUAGAGAAACAUUAUUUGGGGAUUUAUCCGGAUCAGGAACCAGUUGACAGAGCUAGAUAUCAAAAACUAGUGGGGAGGCUGAUUUAUCUAUCUCACACUCAUCCAAAUAUUGCCUAUGCCGUAAGUGUGGUUAGUCAAUUUGUGCAUUCACCAAGUGUGGAUCAGAUGGCGGCAGUAAUGAGAAUCUUGGCAUAUUUGAAGUUUGAUCCGGGUAAAGGAAUUUUGUAUGAAUGUCAUGGAUAUAUGAGGAUUGAGGGAUUUACGGAUGCUGAUUGGGCAGGUGAUGUGACUGAUAGAAGAUCUACAUCUGGGUAUUUUACAUUUGUUGGAGGUAAUUUGGUUACAUGGCGGAGUAAGAAGCAGAAUGUGGUAUCACGGUCUUCUGCCGAAGACGAGUAUAGGGGUAUGGCACAUGGUGUGUGUGAGAUUCUUUGGCUACGAAAGUUACUUUAG